CAGCCUAUUGUUUGAGACAACAGAUAUAAGUUGCGAUGGGAGAGGAGCGUCGGAUUUGGUGUGUAUCCCCCAUUUCCAAUUAUAGAUGGAUCAUUACAGACAGCGGAGUCCUGAGAAACCAGACAUCUGCUCUUCACAUGAAUGCACUCACCUCCUAGAGACCAGGCUGCCAUCAUGCUCUGGAAACUCGUGGAGAAUGUCAAGUACGAAGACAUCUAUGAGAUGUUAGUCCACACCUAUUCAUCCAUGGACCGGCACGAUGGCGUCCCAAGCCAUAGCUCGAGACUCUCUCAGCUGGGCUCUGUGUCCCAAGGACCCUACUCGAGCGCCCCGCCGCUGUCCCACACGCCAUCAUCGGACUUCCAGCCACCCUACUUCCCGCCCCCGUACCAGCCGUUACCCUACCACCAGAGUCAAGACCCGUACUCCCAUGUCAACGAUCCCUAUUCCCUGAACCCUCUGCAUCAGCCCCAGCAGCACCCGUGGGGGCAACGACAACGCCAAGAAGUGGGUUCAGAAGCCGGCUCUCUUCUGCCCCAGCCCCGGGCAGCUUUGCCCCAGCUCUCCGGCCUUGACCCUCGAAGGGACUACCACUCUGUCCGCCGGCCUGACGUGCUGCUGCAUUCCGCACAUCACGGCCUGGACGCCGGCAUGGGUGACAGCCUCUCGUUGCACGGCCUUGGCCAUCCCGGCAUGGAAGACGUGCAGUCAGUUGAAGAUGCCAAUAACAGCGGCAUGAACCUAUUGGACCAGUCAGUCAUUAAAAAAGUUCCUGUCCCUCCCAAAUCUGUGACUUCUCUAAUGAUGAAUAAAGAUGGCUUCUUGGGAGGAAUGUCAGUCAACACCGGCGAGGUAUUUUGCUCAGUCCCAGGCCGUUUAUCUCUACUCAGUUCAACUUCAAAGUACAAAGUUACUGUGGGCGAAGUUCAGAGAAGGCUCUCGCCCCCUGAAUGCCUCAAUGCGUCUCUCCUGGGCGGCGUCCUCAGAAGAGCCAAAUCGAAAAAUGGGGGGAGAUCCUUGAGAGAAAGGCUAGAAAAAAUCGGUUUGAAUUUACCCGCGGGCAGGCGCAAAGCAGCAAAUGUCACGUUACUCACCUCCCUGGUAGAAGGGGAAGCUGUUCACUUAGCUCGGGAUUUUGGGUAUAUUUGUGAAACAGAGUUUCCUGCUAAAGCCGUGUCCGAGUAUUUGAACAGACAGCACACAGACCCCAGUGACCUGCACUCCAGAAAGAAUAUGCUGCUGGCCACCAAGCAACUUUGUAAAGAAUUUACGGAUCUGCUGGCUCAGGACCGGACACCGAUCGGAAACAGCCGGCCCAGCCCCAUUCUGGAGCCCGGCAUCCAAAGCUGUCUCACACACUUCAGUCUCAUCACGCACGGCUUCGGUGCUCCGGCCAUUUGCGCUGCACUCACGGCCCUGCAGAACUAUCUCACCGAGGCGCUCAAAGGCAUGGACAAGAUGUUCUUGAACAACACCACUAACAGGCACACGUCUGGGGAAGGCCCAGCUUUACCCGCAUGGUUUAUGAGCUUCUUCAAAGAAGACUUGGGCUUCCUACACAAUCUAUAAGGUACUGAGAAAAAGAAAAAACUGAUCCUUUUAAAGUUAAAGCCUGCGUGUCAGCUCGGCAGGUUUUACUUCUUUAAAGAAGCUCAAAGAGAAUCUUUUAGGAAGUGGCCAGUGUUGAGGAGCAACUUUGAAUUUCUUGCUAACACACCUCAACUCGGGAAUUCCAGCAGGGGCGGGGCACUGCAGCAUGCAUUUUAAGGGAGUCAAGUAAGGAAGGCAUCUUGUUUGGGAACCUAUAUUCUAAUGGUAUUGUCUUUACUGAAAAAUGAAUUCCAUUUCCUUGGGCUCUUUGGGGACCGUUGUUGUAACUGGAAAAAAAAAAAAAAAAGCAGCUUUGCUGAUGUAAUUGGGGAAGAAAGUCUACAAACUACCAUGACUCUGCUUUAUGAAUGAAACAGUUUUCCUUCUCAGACACACAGUUGUUUUGGCACAAAAUGGUGUACACACACACACACACACACACACACCCCACAAAGCACAAAGCACAAAGCAAAGGGAACGAGCUUGUAUUUCAGCUUUGAAUUCCUGUCCAGAUAUAUUGGGAAUAUUCCCAAUGGAUGAAGCUCCAUGCAUUUAAUGUAUCUCUCUUCUCUUAGUUCAACUUUUUACCAUACCUCAUAUUAAUAUUACCAUGAAGUAAAACCUGCACCUUUAGAGAGAUCAAGUAGACUGACUGGGGCACAUAUUUAGUUUGGGUGCACUGCACGUGUUUUUUCAACCACCUAGACGGGAUCUUUAUAAAAUCCAUUGGGAUAAACAUUCAGAUGUUUUCUGUGUUUUAAAGACAGUCCCUUCCCCCAAUAGUCUGGACUAUCAGUAUUCCUAUUCUUUUUUCAAUCCACUUUGAGGCAAGGGAAGGGGUUGAAGUUUUAGGGACCCUCUGAGGGCAUUGCUCAAAGGAUUUUAUUUGAGGAAAAGGAAAGUCAGUGGGUUUGAGGUCCAUGAAGGUUGUAAACAAAAACUGAGGUCAGUCAACAUCUCCUCUCCUAUUCCUUCUGAGUUACGUAGGUUUUUCAGGACACAGCCCUCGACACACUGAAAGUAGUAGAAGGGGCAGAAAGAAAAGACCUUGUGUGAGCUAUAGACUCUCACCUUUCCUCAGUUUAGAAGCCCACCUUUUUUGUCCGAGAGCCUGGACGCUUGCAUUAGUUGAAUUCUGAUUGCACAAGGCCAGCAGAAAACACAUUGAAAAACAUCGUCUCCUUUCCUUGCAGGGCAACGCGCCCCACGCGUGUGACAUCGAGAGACGCGAUGGAUGCGCCUUGCUCUUACUGUGCAGGUCCUGGGAACAUGUGGGCCGCUGAAGCCCAGUGGUGUUGAGGACAUAGAAUCAGCAGCUGCUGGGGGCGAGAGCUGUAGCCUCACUCUAAGGGCUAAGGCAACCGAGAAAGGCCGGUUCCCGAGUAGGUAAAGGGGCUGCGCUCCACUGGCUGCUGGGGGGAGGUAUCCCAGAGCUCUGUUAAAGCCCUUUUGCCGCAAGCUGUCACUCCUGGUCCUACACUUAGAGACAUUGUAGUUUGGAAAAUCCAAGGAAUUUGAAACUUCCAUGUGUUUUUAUUGCCAGGAAAGAAACUGUCCCUACACUUACUCUCCUGAAGAACUGUCAAUCUUGGGUAGGUAGGCUCCCUUAGACUUCCUGGUGUCUCUGUGAGCAUCAGCGAAGGUGCGAAGGUGCGACUAGGUAGACCUGGCUUGAGCCCUUCCCCCCCCCCCCCCCCCCCCCCAGCUCCGGGGUUGUCUUCUGUUUCCGUCCUUUUUCUAUCUCCCUCUUUCAGGUUGGACCUUCAGCUCCCAUGCUUUCCUUGGCCAAGCCGGCUACAUUUAUCUGAUAAUUGAGUUAUUAAAAGAUUUGUUUUCCUUGGGUUUAUAAAUCAAUAAACAGCAGGAUUAACGCAAGAGUUUGCCUUUUAAGUCAAGAAAAACAUUUAAGGCCAGGCCCUUUGAGUUUUGUUUUCAAACCAAACAGGUGAGUUACAAUCCCCUCCUCUCCCGUAGCAAUCUGUCUUCCCUAGGCCCGCAUUCCGUCCACCCCCCUACUAAAUACUGGGUUCCAAAACCUAAAUACUGAAGAGUAAGCCCUUGGCUGCUGGAGUUCCCCCGAGGUUCUUGUAGACCCUGCUUUUUGGAUCAAGCGUUCUCCUACUUGUAUUCCGGGUCUCAUGAGGUUUGUUCAUGGGUGAGGAUUCCCUCUCCAGAGACCUUUAACUUUCGUUCCAACUAGGAAGUAACUUUCUUUUCUUCCUUUUCCCCUACUUAUCUUGCCCCCCUCCGCCCCGGAUCUCCCUACUCUUCAUCCUUAACGUUCUCCACCCCUAUCUAAAGAGCUCAACAGGCUUUCAAAGAUCUGACUUUUGUUGGCAUUGGCCAAGAAACUUUCUCUUAAGCAGUUAUUUCAUAUCCUAUGGAAACUGGUUGAAUGGAAAACCCCAACCCCUCAGCUUUUCUACAUACUUCCUUCAUGGUUACAAGGCCUAUCCUUGGUUAGAGUAUUGAUAGAAAAUUUGUCACCAUACCUGAUAUCCUGUACUUUUAAUACAUUCUGUGGGGAGGAAAUUAUGACCUUAAACCAUCAGACACUGCCUCAAGAGCUCUGAGAAACAAGAGCUCUCCUCCUUUGCUGAUGUAUAUUAAAUUAUUGGUAAAAGAAAAAAAAGGAAGUAUUGGAAUUUGUUUUCAUUAAAAAAAAAAAAAAAGCAGAGUGAACAUGAUUUCUUUUUUAAAUGCCAAAAUUGGUUCUCCUUUUGAGUUGGCCUCUAAUUCAGUACUAUUGGUUUGACCACCCAGUCAAGAGGUACCAACUGCCUCUUCUGGAGAUCACUCUGGAGGGUAUCCGUGUUAAGUUUGUAUAUAUUUAUUUAUGCUUAAUUUAAUGGGAAUGUGUAAAUAUGAUGAGCAAGUAGUUUGGGAUUAUUUAUCUGUGAAUCUAUACCUCUGUGAAUGGGUGGUUUAAAAAAAAAAAAAAAAAAAACGCUUGACCCUAGCUAGAAUCCUAUCUGAAAUUUUCUGUUCUUUAUAGACAAGCUGUUAUGGUAUUGGGUAGAAAUUGGUUUAUUGUCCAGUGUUAAUCUGAUUUACAUAAAUAAAAAGAUUGUUGUGUUUUUUGUUGUGUUCUCCUCUUCAGUUCCUUAAACAUGGAGAUUGUUUCAUUCUGCAGACAGAAAAGAGAUAUAGCAAAAAAACUUUCUUCUUUUUGCACCCCCUGAAGUAUACAUACAGUGUUUUUGUUACAACAGAAAUACAAUAAAUUUUGCUUAUCAGAAAAAUGAACACUUUUGUUUCUAGUAGGAGGUGCUUUUUUUACUUUUAAAACUUCAAAUGGAUACUAGUCCCAAUCAUAUUUGUAAUAAAAGUUCAUAUUAACUGUA